GUCGGUGUCGUGGAGUUCCCGCGCGUCUCGCGCUGCUGAUGUUGACGAACGCUGAAGAACAACUGACACAUCAUUCACACGGAGUCGCGGACUCUCUGGAGCUUUUAACAAGAAAUCACGGAGACUUGGACUUCAGAACGGGUGAUCUGUAUUCUGAUUGGCUGCAGGUUGGUUAUGGAGGGUCCUUAUAUCAGAAAGAUUUCCAUCACUCAAGAUUCGAUGGUUCGUGGGAGCUAAUGCAUGCAGGACAGCGAUUUGUGUGCAGAGCGUGCGGGUCGGAGUCUCAUAUCUGUAGAGAGGAAGAGAGGUCAGAGGUCAUGCUCGGGGGGCCGUGAGCUGGUAUCAUGUUUCAGGGCAGUCGGUGUGAAGCUGUGAUUGAGGUUGCUGUGGGGUGUGCAGUUUCUCACAUUCAGUAGAGGACACACAUACACACACACACACUCACUCAAGAGUGUGUGCUGAGCAGACAGCUGAGGGAUUCACUCGCUUGCUGGAGCUGCGCACACAGAAGAUGGAUCUCUUGAGGACUUGCUUGUGUUGGGUCUGUGUGCUGGUCAUUGGGCUUCUGGGACUCGUGGAGGAGAGCUUGGCUAACGUUCUGGACACUAUGCUGCUGAGGAAUUCUGGGAAGGUGGAAGAACGUCGGGAGACAGGAAGUGAUGCGCCGGCUCUACAUCAGCACUUCCUGUGGUGCUACUGUUACCAUCACUGUCCAGAGGACUCCACUAAUAACACAUGCAGGACGGACGGUUACUGCUUCACCAUGGUGGAGGAAGAGGGUGGAGCGGCUGUGGUGACCUCAGGCUGUCUGGGUCUGGUCGGAUCAGAGUUUCAGUGCCGGGACACGGGGAACUCUAAACAGCGCCGAGCACUCGAGUGCUGCACAGAUCAGGACUACUGUAACAGAGAUCUACAUCCAACACUGCCCCCUCUAAGAACACCCAGUUACGCAGUGGGAGAGAUUCAUCACAUCGCUCUGCUCAUCUCAGUGACGGUCUGUAGCUUCAUCCUCACCUUCAUCCUCAUCUUCUGUUACUUCAGGUAUAAACGUCACGAGCUAGCCCCGCGCUUCAGCCUCGGCCUGCAUCCGGACGAGACGUUAAUUCCUCCGGGAGAAUCCCUGCGGGAUCUCAUAGAGCAGUCCCAGAGCUCCGGCUCAGGGUCAGGACUCCCCCUGCUGGUGCAGCGCACUAUAGCCAAGCAGAUCCAGAUGGUGACACAGAUCGGGAAGGGCCGUUAUGGAGAGGUGUGGAUGGGGAGAUGGAGGGGAGAGAAAGUGGCUGUGAAAGUCUUUUUCACCACAGAGGAGGCCAGCUGGUUCAGAGAGACAGAGAUAUAUCAGACUGUCCUCAUGAGACAUGAGAAUAUACUCGGGUUCAUAGCGGCUGAUAUUAAAGGCACGGGCUCAUGGACUCAGCUCUACCUCAUCACCGACUACCACGAGAACGGCUCUCUGUACGACUAUCUCAAAUGCACCACCCUGGACAGCCGGGCCAUGCUGAAACUGGCGUACUCAUCCGUCUCCGGCCUCUGCCAUCUUCACACCGAGAUCUUCGGCACACAGGGCAAACCGGCCAUCGCCCACAGAGACCUGAAGAGCAAAAACAUCCUGGUGAAGAGGAACGGAGCCUGCUGCAUCGCUGACCUCGGCCUGGCCGUCAAGUUCAUCAGCGACACUAAUGAAGUGGACAUCCCCCUGAACACACGCGUGGGCACCAAACGCUUCAUGGCUCCUGAGGUUCUGGACGAGACUCUGAACAGGAACCAUUUCCAGUCCUACAUCAUGGCCGACAUGUACAGCUUCGGCCUCAUUCUGUGGGAGAUCGCCCGCCGAUGUGUGUCUGGAGGUAUCGUAGAGGAAUAUCAGCUUCCGUACCACGAUCACGUUCCUAAUGACCCGUCGUAUGAAGACAUGCGAGAGGUUGUGUGUAUGAAGAGAAUACGUCCGUCUUUCCCUAACCGCUGGAGCAGUGAUGAGUGUUUGAGGCAGAUGGGGAAGCUCAUGACGGAGUGUUGGGCUCAUAAUCCGGCCUCUCGUCUCACCGCCCUGCGUGUUAAAAAGACGCUGGCCAAGAUGUCCGAGUCCCAGGACAUUAAAGUCUGAGAACAGACCAGCAGCACUGACACUAACCCUGAACUCACGCCAGAGCCUCCUGCAAACGACCCGACCGCAGCAGAGGACGCCCAAGAUCUCAU